UUGCUCCGGGCGACACGGGCAGAGCCUCCCGGGGCGGGGGCGGGGAACCGGACCCUGGCCGGCCCGCUUCCACCGCUGACUGUGCGGCCGCUUUCCCUCCGCCAGCGGCCCCCGCCACGGCCCAGCCCCGCCCGCCGCACGUCCGCGCGCGCCCGGGCGCCGCAGCGCCCACCCCGGGGCCGCCAGCGGGGCGGGCACGGGCACCGGGACGCCGGGAGCGCACACGGCCGGCGCGGCACGUGCGCCCCGCAGCACCCGGGCCACAGGCUCCGCGCCGCCCCGCAGCGGGCCCGCGGGCGGGCGGGCGACGCGCGCUCUUGAAGGAUACAGAGAGUGAAAAUGAGAAGGUUGGAUUCUUGAAACAAUUGAACAAGUGCCAUGAAAAUUGUAACCUUGUGGAGCUAAUCGAAGACAGAAAAAACAUAUUAAAUAACACCAGUUGAUUUGAAAGAAAAGUACAGAGGUGUCUUCCAGAGUUGACUGUUCAUGGCACAUAUGGUUAGCGGGUGCUCACUGGCGCUUAUUUUUAUCAUCAAGUUGCUGUUAGUUAAGGCAAAAAUAGAUGUGUGCAAGAGAGGGGAUGUGACUGUUCAGCCCUCCCAUGUAAUUUCCCUUGGGUCAGCUGUCAACAUUUCUUGCUCUUUGAAGCCCAAACAAGGCUGCUUGAGAUACUCCAGUUUUAACAAGUUAAUCCUCUACAAGUUUGACAGAAGAAUCUAUUUCCAGCAUGGUCACUCCCUCAGUUCUCAAGUCACAGGUCUUCCCCUGGGUACAACCCUGUUUGUCUGCAAACUGGCCUGUAGCAGUAAUGAUGAGAUUCGAAUAUGUGGGGCAGAGAUCUCCGUUGGUGUUGUUCCAGAACAGCCUCAAAAUUUAUCUUGUAUACAGAAGGGAGUACGUGGGACCGUGGCCUGCACCUGGGACAGAGGACGAGACACUCACAUAUAUACUGCAUACACUUUACAGUUAAAUGGACCAAAAAAUUUAACUUGGCAGAAGCCAUGUAAUGAUCACUAUUGUGACCAUUUGGACCUUGGAAUCAGCCUAACCCCUGAAUCACCUGAAUCUAAUUACACAGCGAAGGUUAUUGCUGCCAAUAGUCUUGGGAGUGCUUCUUCAUUUACAUCCUCAUUCACAUUGCUGGACAUAGUGAGGCCUCUUCCUCCGUGGGACAUCAGAAUCAAAUGUGUAAACGCAUCCGUGAGCAGGUGUGCCCUUCAGUGGAGAGAUGAGGGGCUGGUGCUGCUUAAUCGACUCAGAUAUCGGCCCACUAACAGCAGGGCCUGGAAUAUGGUUAAUGCCACAAAUGCCAAAGGAAGACAUGAUUUGCUGGAUCUGAAACCCUUUACAGAAUAUGAAUUUCAGAUUUCCUCUAAGUUACAUCAUUAUAAAGGUAGUUGGAGUGAUUGGAGUGAAUCAUUGAGAACACAAACACCAGAAGAAGAGCCUACUGGGAUGUUAGAUGUCUGGUACAUGAGACAGCACAUUGACUACAGUAGACAACAGAUUUCUCUCUUCUGGAAGAAUCUGAGUCUAUCAGAGGCAAGAGGAAAAAUCCUCCACUAUCGAGUGACCUUGCAGGAGGUAGCAGAGGGGAAAGCCAUACUACAGAACAUCACAGAACACACCUCCUGGACCUGGGUCAUUCCCGGAACUGGGAACUGGGCUGUGGCUGUGUCUGCAGCUAACUCAAAAGGCAGUUCCCUGCCCACUUAUAUUAACAUAACGGACCUGUGUGGGGCAGGGUUGCUGGCUCCUCGACAGGUCUCAGCAAACUCAGAGGGUGUGGACAACCUCAUGGUGACAUGGGCACCUCCGGGGAAAGCUGCCCCCGCUGUGCAGGAGUACGUGGUGGAAUGGAGGGAACUCCAUCUGAGGGGCAGCACGCAGCCCCCUCUAGGCUGGUUACGGAGUUCCCCCUACAAGCUGUCCGCUCUGAUUUCAGAAGACAUAAAACCCUACAUCUGUUAUGAAAUCCGCGUGCAUGCACUUUCAGGGGACCAGGGAGGAUGCAGCUCCAUCUGGGGUAACUCUAAGAACAAAGCACCACUGAGUGGCCCCCACAUUAAUGCCAUCUCAGAGGAAAAGGGGAACAUUUUAAUUUCAUGGGACGAAAUUCCAGCCCAGGAGCAAAUGGGCUGCAUCCUCCAUUACAGGAUAUAUUGGAAGGAACGGGACUCCAAUUCCCAGCCUCAGCUUUGUGAAAUUCCCUACAGGGUCUCCCCAAAUUCACAUCCCAUAGACAGCCUGCAGCCCAGAGUGACAUACACUCUAUGGAUGACAGCUCUGACAGCUGCUGGUGAAAGCCCCCAAGGAAAUGAAAGAGAAUUUUGUCUGCAAGGUAAAGCCAAUUGGAGCGCGUUUGUGGUGCCAAGCAUUUGCAUGGCUGUCAUCGUGGUGGGCAUUCUCUCAGUGCGCUGCUUCCGGCAAAAGGUACUUGUUCUCCUUUUGGCCCUCAGACCUCAAUGGUGUAGCAAAGAAAUUCCAGACCCAGCGAAUAGCACUUGGGCCAAGAAAUAUCCCAUUGUGGAGGAGAAGACGCAGCUGGCCUUGGAUAGGCUCCUGACAGACUGGGCCACUCCCGAAGAACCUGAGCCCCUGGUCAUCAACGAAGUCCUUCAUCAAGUGACCCCAGUCUUCGGACGUCCCCGUCACCCCAACUGGCCAGAAAAGGGACAAGGAGUCCAAGGUCACUAUACCUCUGAGGAAGACGCAGGGUACAGUGCCUCAAGCCCACCAGCUCCAAGAGCUCUCACAGCAGAGAUGGGACAAGGGGUGGAUCUGUACAAGGUGCUGGGGAGCAAGGGCCCCAACACAAAGCCGGGAAACCUAGCCAGCCCCUUGACAGUCCUCCCAGUGGACUACCUUCCUACCCAUGAGGGCUACUUACCCUCCAACAUAGAUUAUCUCCCUUCACAUGAGGCUCCCAUCACUGACCCUCUGGAAGAACUGCCUCAGCACAUCUCUCUUUCCAUUUUCCCCUCAAGUUCCCUUCACCCUCUCACCUUCUCCUGUGGUGAGAAGUUGACUCUGGAUCAGUUAAAGAUGGGGUGUGGCUCCCUCAUGCUCUGAGUGGCGAAGCUUGAAGUUUGGGAAGUUGAUAUGUCCCCAAGCAGCACAGCGUGCCCCAUCUACCCAGCUGCCUGCUCCAGUGGUCGUCAUCUCUGGGUGCUACCAUCAGGUCUGGUUGCAGCUACACGGCCUGCAAAGCUCAGGGUGAAUCUCAGGAACUGAGAGUUGGCUGUAACCCAAAUACCUCAUCUUACCUUCUCCAGAGCCUUAAGAGUACAUCCUCUGCUGUGUGGACCUAGAGACUCCAGUCUGGAUUCCUGCAACUUUCUUGCCUGUGUUGGCCAGAAAGGGAAAAGGCAAGAGUGGAAACCAAAACUCUUACUAGCAAUGGCAGACAGUCCAGAGGGCCAUUCAUUCAACAACUCUUUACAGUUGACCCUGAAUAAUAUGUAUUUGAGCUGCAUGGGUCCACCUAUAUGCAGAUUUUUAAACAAUAUUUAUUUAUUUAUUUGGUUGCGCCAGGUCUUAGUUGCAUCAGGUGCGUUCCCCAGUUAUGGCAUGAGAACUCUUAGUUGCAGCAUGCAUGUGGGAUCCAGUUCCCCAACCAGGGAUCAAACCCAGGCCCCCUGCAUUGGGAGCGUGGAGUCUUAAGCACUGUGCCACCAGGGAAGUCCCUGCAAAUUUUUUAAAAUAUUAAAUUCUACGGUACUACAUGAUCCAUUGUUGGAUGAAGCCAUGGAUGCAGAACCACAGACAAGGAAGGAAGGCCAACUAAAUGUUAUAUGCAGAUUUUCAACUGCACAGGAAAGUCGGCACUCCAACCCUCACAUUGUUUAAGGGUCAACUUAUAAAGCAGCUACUACAAACUAGGUCUUGUGUCUAGAUCAGUACUGUCCAGUAGGCCUGAGAUAGAAAUGUUCCUAUGUAUAGCUGCUGUUUGAUCCAGUAGAUACUAACCACAUUGGCCAUUGACCACUUAGGAAUGUAUCUCUAGUAUGACUGAGAAACUGACUUUUCGUUGUAAUUAAAAUAGUCACAUAUGACACUUGGCCACUGUAUUGGAUAUAUUAAAUACACUAAAUGAUGGACAUAUUAGUGAAGUUACUGGGUACCUUCAAAACAGAUCAACCUCGUUUUACAUGUGCAGGCGUAAGACUCGGUGAACAUCAAUAUAAAAGGGCUCCCAAGAUGGUCAUGGUUGUUCUUAUUUGUAGAAGCCUAAGAAUGUACCUUUUCCAUAGUUUUGCUAGUUUGUUUUAUUUUGCCUUUACCCUCUUUCAGUGAAUCAACAGCAGCUUGAUGGUGGAAAGCUACUGCUAAACACACUGUAGGACCUUGGGCAAGCAGCCUCCCCUCUCUGAAAUCUGAUGUCUUGUAAAAGAGUGGGCCAAAGCUUCUCUGACCCCUUGUGUGUCCUAUUCUUUCUGCUGCAGCUGAUGCUGCAUUUAGGACCAGGGCCACCUCAGGAUCUAAGACCAAACUGCCAAGAUUGCACUCAGAAGUUGUCCCUUCUGAAGGCCUCCUGCUUUCCUUUCUCAGGAAAACUCUGAGCUGGUCAUCAGACAGCUCAAGUUGAGCAUGGAAGAUAAUUCUCUUUUCUCCAGCGUGAACUUGGAAAGCUUUAAAGCUGGCCUGUGGCUUAUCACCCUUCCUUCACCCAUCACUGCCUUAACUAUAAGCACUUCUGCUAAGCUGGUAGAGAAGAAUCUUAGUCUAAAUGCUAAUAGUACCCUUUGCACAAAAGGACAGGAUGAAAGGUCCAGGAACCUUUUUCUUAAAUCCCUAUCAAGCCUGAGUCCUAUACCCUACCACGAUCCCACCCAAACACUGGAACUGAGGUGGCUUUGGUUUACCAGAUGUCCCUCAAAGCCCUAGACUUGAAAUGACCGUUUGUUCUGCUUAUUUAACAUUUCAUCCAUGCCUUUUGCUAUUCCAGACUAACACAUUUAGUUCUCCAGGCUUUCUUUGAAAAGCUUAAGCUUCUUCCUUACAUCUCUAUUCUACUCUCCUUUGCUGCUGCAUAGCACCCCCACACCAUGGUUCCUUGCAUCUCAGCAGCUUCAGCACUGGCUCGUCUGCACCCAGAAUGUGGAGCCCCUUGUUUGACUGUUUGCAAUGGGCCAUGACAAGCCUGCCACCUCAGAAGCAGACCAACCUAUCACCUCUUGGCAAUAAAAGCCAACUUUUCUUUCUUGUAAUACCUGCUUAUCCUAUAUUUGAUUACCUUUUGAUUACCUGAUAGCUAUGUUAGUCACUCUUCCCCUACCCUUUUGGACUAAACACACAGGUCCCAGUCUCCCUUUUACCCCCACACCUUUUCCUUCUCUUAAAGCCCCAGGUGGUACUGCAGUCCUCACUUGUUUUCCUAAAAAGUGAAAAAAAAUUUUUUUAAAGGGAGAGUUGCUUGACCCCUAAAGGCUCCUUCUAAGGACGCAGAGGCCUCCUCAAUGCUCCCCUAGCAUGAAGUACUUACUUCCCCUAAUGGACUGUAAAUAGCUUGAAGGCAGGAACCAUGGCAAUGUGUUUCUCCAGCACCGUGCCUGGUUCCAUAGGAGGCUAUCAGUAAAAAGUAAAAGAUGUCUCCUGCCACCACUUCCACCUUAUUCCUUCUGUUCGAGAAGCCAGUCCAGCCUGCUUCCUCUUUAUUGAGACAAUUGCAUUUGCUUGUAAUCCUCUUCAUUCUCAACCCCCAUUCUACCCUACUGUUUAUUGACAGCACUAGUGUAAUACAUGUAGCACUUUCUUAUUUUAAAAACACAUUUGAGCAUGCCUUUGGCUGCUCCCUCUGCCAGAUAAAAUGUUCUCUUUCCAUGAAUGACAGGAUGGGUAACCUCAUUCUGCCCUUGCCCCAAAUAGUUUUUAUAGUCUCUCUUCCUGCCCAUACACAAAAUCCCAAAUGAGAUUGCCUAGUUUACCAGGACUAGGUAGAGCUCACCAAUAUUCAUAUAGCCAGGCUUUCAUUCCUUGGGAAAAUUAACAACCCUUUAAAUCUGCACUCCUGAUACAUAUCCAAGAGCCAACCCAGAAAUCUCUGCUCUAUUGAAACACAUCAAAUUCCUUAAUUCUCUACUACAAAUAGAGUCCAAGUUCAUUCUCAAUGAAUUCAUGGGACUCUCUACCAAUUCUUGUGUUCAGAUCAUUACCCUGAAUUAUGCAUUAAAAAGGCUUCUUUUCCACAAGCCAGAAAUUCUAUUUCCUAGGCCUCUGUCUUCCUUAUAGGUAACAGGAAAGCCAAACUGGUGUUAUCUAGCUCUUUCCCUUUAGUGCAUUUUCCCUUCCACACUGUCCCAAUUUCUCAGCUUCCAUUAAUAGCCUACAGCUGCAACUCACCAAUUCCCAGAGGCCAGUGAAGGAGAUGCCAAGCUAGGCACAUUCUAUUCUAGUCUAUCCCCCAUGUUCAAAUCUUGGUUUUCUCCAUCAAGAUUUUUUCUUUCACCUGAUGUAGUUGUCAUCUGUCUCAAUAUCACUUCUCAUGCCCUCCAAAGGAGCCCUGUUUUUCUCUUCCCAGCCUGCAGGACUCAAGGACAUUCACAUUAUCCACCCUUAUAAAAGACUGAUAGAGGAACCCUCAAAUUAAUCACUGUCUAGAAUAAAGAGAUCAGAAAGGCCUCUUCUUCACCCUAAAAGAAAAAAAGAUAAGCAAUUUAAUCAGUUGGCCAGCUGAUGAUGGAAAGAAACAAGUCAUAUCUUUACAUCACAACCUACACUGGAAUAAAUUUCCAAUUAAAACUGCCAAACACACACACCAAGUUAGAUAAAAAUAUUUGCAAGAUAUGCCAAGGUAACUUACUAAGGCACUCUUACAGAUCAAUAUGAAAAAAGCCAACACUUCAAAGAAAAAUGGACUGAGUGAGCAACUCACAAAAUACAUAUAAAUGAUAAAUGCCCAAUAAGCAUAAAAAAACCCACCUGUAAUCAAAGAAAUAAAAAUUAAGUACAAUUUUCCCUUACCAAAUUAGCAACAUUAAUGAAAAAAUUAGCCAGUAUUAAUCAGAGAACUGUGGUUGGCAGCAGGAAUGUUAGUUGGCUCUUUUUCUGGAAGCAGCUGCACGCGGGCUUUCUCUAGUUGCGCAGAGCGUGAGCUUCUCAGUGCGGUGGCUUCUCAUGUUGCGGAGCACAGGCUCUAGGCUUCAGUAGUUGUGGUGUACAGGCUUAAUUGCUGCUCUGUGGCCUGUGGGAUCUUUCUGGACCAGGGAUCGAACCUGUAUCCCCUGCACUGACAAGUAGAUUCUUAACCUGAGCCACCAAGGAAGUCCCAUAGGUUUUCAAAUUACGCUUUUCCAUUGUUUUCAUCACAAAUACUUAUUACUCUAAGUGGAUAAAGUCAAUGAAAUAUAAAAUAGUACCAAUUUCUUUCCAAAGACCUGAGACAGUGGGUCCUAAAGACAGACACUACUAACAACUUUCUUUAUGGCCUCUUUCAUCCGCCACCUCCUCUGUCUGGCACUCUCACCCUUAAUGCUCCUGUCAGAGGACAGAAAAUACAAAAUAGCUGACACACUGGGUGAGGGUUGGGGAUGUCAGAGUAACAACUGAAGCAAUGGAUCUUGAAAUACAAAGUUUAUACAAAAAGCCAAUUUUUCCUUAUUCCCAUCCAAACAGGAAUUGUUAAUAAUGACCAGUAACCUCUAACACAGUACUUGGUACAUGCAGUAUUUAAGGGGUGUAACUCAGUUCUCAUCAUGACUGGUUUAGGGUAGUAGGUGUUAUCUCCACUUUAGAGAUGAGGAAACUGUGAAACAAGUAACAGCCAAAGUCACACAAUCAGUACCUGAUACCAGUCCGGUUUUAGAGUGUAACUUUCAACUACUCUAAUUCUUUUCUAUGCAAGUGACUGCACAACAAAUUUGUAUCGAUUGAGGUUCUGACUAUAACUGUGAUUCCAUAAAACUGGCAUUUCCAUACUUCUGAAGUUCUAGAGCCUUCUUGGUUCUUGAGAAAUCUAACCCAAAGAGUACGACACCAGGACAAAUCUGGUACCCCUGAAUUUGCUCUUAUCUACCCAGCUAAUCUAAAUCCUACAAUACAAGGCACACUGUGUAGGCCAAAGAAGGGAAACAAUACUCCCAAUACUCAUUAUUUUAAGGAAAUUGGUAAAACUAUUAUUAAAACUAUGAAUAAAAACACUAUGCCUUUCAAAUAGAAAAGUAACCAGAGCAGUGUUCUCUUUAAUUAAAAUAACUAUAACUCCAUCCAAUUUACCUGAUUUUUUUCCUGAACAUGGCUAUUUUGUAAGUAAAAAGGAAACAGGGUUGCAUUUGACUCAAUUUGUGUUGUGUUGCUUGUAUGAACUGUUGAAACAUAAAUGCCUUUCCUUUGUUCUAUGGUGAUCGGCUCCACAUUUUGUUAAUGGCCCUUUCUUUCAUUUACAAGUGGCAAAACCAUUCUUAAUUUGGCUCUGAGAUUUCAAAUCACAUCUCCAAGAAACAUACAGACCUCUUAUGUGCUGCCACGGGGUCUCUUUAAAUCAAUUCAGGCCACUUCUCAAUUUCCACAACUGUAAGGAAUUCUUCCACAAAGAGACCCUGGCCUUGCCUAGGCAAGAGAAUGUCAGGUGAGGUCCGUAAUACCUUCCCUUUUCCAAUUUCAGAUAUUUUACUACCCAUAGGUAAGUGGACCCAAUGAAAUACUAUAAAAGCUGUCAUGAGAUCCUCAUGGAGACUAAAUUGUUUUCAAAGGCCCUGAAUUUUCACUAGAAAGGUAUAAAAUAACACCCACAAGCUGAACAUUUUCACUAGUUCAAAAAAACUGCAAAAACAUCCUUUUGAAAUUGGACAAAAAUUAUUUGCAACAAAAUAAAAAAAUCGUCCCUUUAGAAAACAAAAUCUAAUUCACUUACUAAAAUGUCAGUUAUGUAUCUCCCUGCACAUUAGCUAAGAACAUAGCCUGUGUUAACCUGGUAGUUUUUCCUGUGCUAUCUAAAGCAUAGAGCCUGGAGACUAUCAUCCCCCGCCAAAAAAAAAAUCUCUCAAGGUGAAAAUAGGAUGUCACAAGAUUUCAUUUAGAAGCAGAAAUCUUACUUUAUCCCAUCACAAGGGGAGUAAAAGACCAUUUGCCUUUCUACAAUACUGUAGGAAAAUAUUUGUUUCCUAUGUUUUCUCUGCCUUCACACUGCCAACAACUGCAUAUGAUGGGAUUCCUUUGCAUUCCUAUAAACACUCCUUUUAGACCUUCCUCUGGUCUAUCACAGCUUUCAGAGCAAUUGUAGACUGUUUUUUUAAAAAAAAUACCCACUUUUCACUUGCUUACAAUAGAGUAAAAAAACUAGAGGAUAAGUCAAUAAUUUCUCCAGCUAGAGAUACUCUUCAAAUUUUUUCUUCUAAAAAUCUGCAGUUAUUUUUAAAUUUUAAUAACUCUAAGCAGGAAAAAAAAAGGGGGGAACAUCCAUGCUUUGCUGUAAUUAGGAGGUGCUGGUUAUCUAAGUUCUUCAAGCAAGUAUUUUCACUCAGCAUAUACAGCAUCCAAAGCACUGCUCUAUUUCAGUCAACGUAACUUCCAGUUCUACCAUUUGACUCAAAAUGCGGGCUGUGUGGGACUGGGCCAAU